AUGAACCAUGACAAUCUUGAGACUACGCCCGAUCGCGUAGCCACAAACGCCUUCCGCACUCCUGUGAACCCUAAAUUUCCAAUAUGGAGCCCAGUCUUCCAUGCAACUACUCCAGAUUUAAAUGCUCCAGCCUCUGCUUGUAAAGGCACUCCAGCUCUAAUAGAGAGUUUGGGCAUCAAUCAAGAACUUGAUGUUUCUUGGUCAGCUACCAUGGAAACUCCCCCAAAUAAUAACUUGAGUAUUCCAGGAAUAAUAAAGCUUGAUGUACAAAAAAUGCUUGAAAACAAAUCAAAGCUUUUGCAGCCAUGUCACUUAUUCCACAAUGAGGAGAAAAAUUCAUCCAUAGAAAAUGAUGUGAAUAGUUCAAUUAAGUUGACGGAGAGAACACAUUCUUCUGAAAGAAUAUCUAAUUUAGAAAGCGAGGAAGAAGAUGCUUACUUAAAUGCAGAAGACUUGCUCAAACUUCUGAACAAACCUGUCUCAAAGUUUAUUUAUCCUGAGCCGAUUUACAUAAAAAUUGUUGGAAAAUCCCAGAUGGCAAAUCCAAUUAAAUACUUGAAACAACAACAGUCUGGAGCAACAGUGGCAAAAGAGUUAUCCCCUAGUGCUCUUGUUGAAAAAAAGUGGCAGAAAAAUGUUAAAGAAGUUAGAAAGAGUCUUGAUUUUUCACAUGACAGUUUGAUUAAGGGUCACAAGGACAUUUCAUAUCACACGUCGCACUAUAGCAACCUUCAGCAAAAAGAAGCUACUGAACCUCGUAAGUUGUCCAUUAGCAAUUCUGAAGUUUCUUCACCGUGCCUCUUGGGGACUUCAAAGCGCCUAUUUGAGAACAACUUACAUGGCCCGUUUCAAAUCGAAACCGAUGAAGUUGAAACGAUUACCCAAACAAAUAUCAACGUCGAAACUAUCCAGGCACCAUCGUCGUGUAUAAGACAAAAAUACUGCGGAACUGUUGCCCCACAAAUUACAUCAGAAUCUGUUGGGUUCAGCACUGCCGACUGGGAAAAAGGAACAUACUCCAAGAUAGAUCAACCAAGAUGUAAAUUAGAAGGUUUGACAGAGAAUAUAGAAUGCCACUACCAAACCGAUCGAUUAAAACCAACUUCAGUAUAUCUAAUGGAAAAGAAGUUUCCUGAACAAGCUUGGAAUUGCAGCAAAAUUUUACACGAAAAUAACCAUGACAACUCACAGGUGACAGGGUUCAAUAAGGCCAAAGCCAAGGAUGGUCUUUCUUCUGGCGAAGCUAAGGGCCAAACCUUAAACAACUUCGUCGAUGAAACUCAAUUGUCUGUUGUAACCGAAUAUCCGGAACUGGUUGGGUUCAGCACUGCCGGGGGUAAAAAACUCACCAUCUCAGAAACAGCUAUGGAUCAGGCAAGAGCUAAACUUGAAGAAAUCGCCAAUGGUGAUUCCAACUUUACAAUUAAUCCAAAUAAGCGUGAAAACUAUCAAAAGCUCAACGAUUCCUGUGGCGGAGGGGUUCCGAAAAAAGUUUGGAACUGUGAUCAAACAUUGCUAUGCAGUUCCAAUGAUGCAUCAAUCCCAUUAACGAUAGGCUUCAGUACCGCAAAUGGAAAGCUCCUUGCAGUUUCUGAAGAAGCAAUGAACAGGGGCCAAAGUAUGUUUUCCGAAGUCAGCGAAGCUACGCCGUCAUAUGCUCCCACAUAUCCCAAAACUGUUGGAUUCAGUACUGCAAGCGGCAAAAAAGUCGCCGUUUCCGAAAAGUCGAUUGCACAAUCCAGGUCUUUUUUCUCUGAGUUUCAAGACUUGGAUACAGAACCUAUUGACGUUCCUCUGGCUAGUUUCAGCAUGGCCAUUGGCAAAAAUAUAGUCGUGUCGAAAGAAGCUGUUGCUCGAGGUCAAGCGCUGCUAGAUGAUGUUUAUGGAACAAACAUUGAAGAAGAAAAUAGCGUAGAUUCGCAAGCACAAUUAUGUCGUGUAUCAGAUGUCAUUGAAAAAUCCACAGUUGACUCCAAACAAACAUCAGCUUCUUCAGUGUGUUUCAAGAUGCGGUCCAGAACUUCGUUCAAAGCUCCCAAGAAAUUAAUGCCUGCUCUUAAAUCAACAUUUCCGUUGGUCGAAAAUAACCAUGCUAUCCCACUUCAAGUUCCGCUGACCGUUGGAUUUAACACUGCGAGCGGAAAAGACGUAAAAAUAUCUGAGUCGUCAUUGUGUAGAGCUCGUAAAAUUUUCGAAGAAAAUCUUUUGGUGGAAGACAUCCAUAAUACAAUCGAAGAAAGAGAGCAUACAGAUAAGCUGAAUCCGAACUCUAGUGCACCUUGUUUAUCUGUGAAAAAUGAAAAUACCGAUCAGAAAACCAAAGUCGAAGAUAAAAAUGACAACGAUUGUGAUGAUUACUGGGUGUCAUCGCCAACUAUUGGCAAAAAGACGAAAAGAACAAAGAAGAGAAACAAUAUCACUCAUAGCCCUCAAAAACAGCUAUCUCGAACGCCUAUCUCAGGAACCCCGUCGGCAUUUGAAUCUUCCGCUGUGUCAGCAAAGAUAAGAGCUUUAAGAAGGAUUGCUCGUCAAGAACAAAUGUCGCUCAUCCAAUGUAAACAAUCGAAAUCCAUAAAAUCCUCAAUAAAAGCGGGGUACCUCUAUCGACUAAAGAAAGAUGAAAUUGUUCCGAAGAAAACGUGGAGAGAGUUGAUUGGUAAAUGUUCAUUACCGGAGAUGUUACCUCCAUACAAACUGUUAGAAGAUCAUGGUGUGUUAACGUCAGUCUGCCUCGUCCGAGCUUCAAAUGCUUCAUCAUUUAAUUUUUGUGCUUGGGAUCAUUUCCCGAUUGAUGAUUGUCUAGAAAAUUCUAAAGGAAUGCAAAUUGGCGAAUUUUUGGUAAUAUUUAGUGAUGAGAAUACCAUUGGUUGCGAGGAGAUUGGAGCAAGUUUGCUUGCCUCGGAGAACGUUGAUCCAACUCUUAUCAGCUGGGAAUGAAUACGCAACCAUUAUCGCUGGAUCGUCUGGAAGCUUGCUUCUAUGGAGCUAAGGAUGCCAUCUCUUUUUGCUCGGGAAGGACUAACACUGUCUAACGUACUUGAACAGUUAAAAUAUCGUUAUGACAAAGAAAUCGACCAUUGCCAAAGGUCUUCCCUUCGACGCAUUAUCGAGCAGGAUGAUACUGCGGCAAAAACGAUGAUACUCUGUGUGGUCGAAAUCCGAUCCCCUACAAUUUUGGAGUUGACCGACGGAUGGUACAGCAUAGAAGCCCACUGUGAUUCCGCAAUGCAGCAACUUAUCGAAAAGAACAAAAUAUUCGCUGGUGUUAAACUAGUAAUUUCUGGCGCCGAACUCGUGUCGCCUGGUCCAUCCGCUCCCCUAGAAAAGGGUUCUGAUACCUACUUGAAGAUAUCAGCAAACUCAACACGGCGUGCACGUUGGGAUUCCAAAUUGGGAUUUUAUUCCAAACCCUUACCAUUUCCAAUCGCGUUAGCCUCCAUUCUCCCUGAUGGAGGUGUCAUCUCCCAUAUUCGAGUUCAUAUCAUCCGGGUAUAUCCCGUGACAUACAUGGAGAAGGCACCAGAUGGCAAAACGAUAUUUCGUGGCGAGCGACAGUACAGGCGAAUAACAGAAAGCGCAGCAGUACGCUACGAGCGUAUGAUGGAAAAAGUUGUAGAGGACAUUGAGCGAGAAGAAGAUGAACAAGAAAGGAAGCGAUCGAGAGCUGAUGGUGAUCGCCGUCAUAAGAAAGGAAUCAAUCUAACAGACGAAGAAAAGCGAUCUCGGAUUCUUGCCGAAGCUCAGAAACGAAUGCAGAUGAACAUGAAAUCGGUAGAAGGAGUGCCAAUGCUUAAGAUACGCGUAAUUGAUGCCCGUGCCACUAGUUCUAAUUCUGCAAUCGUUUCCAUUUGGAGGCCCACCGAAGAACUGCAGCAUCACUUGAGGGAGGGACGAGCAUACCGUUUGUACAAUGUCAAUGCUGCGGGUUUGCGAUUCGGGGAACUGCAGCUCAACGCUAUGAAGAACACUUUGUGGAGCGAUGUGAAGCAGACGACCGACACUCCUCUCCUCCAAAGUUUGGCGAGGAGUGUCAUACCUUUUUCUACAGCAAACCAACUUGGCUUCAAGCCAAUGUUUAAUGAGUUGGAUAUCGUAGGGCUAGUGGUUUAUGUUGGUCAACAACAAAGCAAAGGUCCGUUUCAAACAGCAAUACUUUCAGACGGGACGACUUAUUUUGGCGUGAAAUGUUGGGGGAGUCUAGAAGAUUAUGCCCUAGCCGACGUCAUUGUUGUCGGAUCUUUCUUGGCCUUUUCAAAUUUGCAGUGGAGGGCAACGGCCUGUAGGACCGCUUCUAAGCUUCAAUUUGCGUUUAUUUAUGAAGGCACAUUGGUCAGUUCCAGACCCGCACUCAAGCAUUUGGACACCGCACUUCAAGACCUUAAGCAAUCAGUAAAGGAUCCAAAUGGCUGCGUGACUGAAGCCGAAGGGCAGGUGGACGUUCUUUUGGGAAACGCCACUCCUCAGCAAGCCACACCGAGAUACGGAAAGGAAGCGUCUGGGAGAGGUGGAAUGUUUACUCCCACCGGUGUCGUCUGCUCUACUAAUGGUAAAAAGAAUGAAACGCCCACAUCAUCGAAUCUCACAAUAAACCGUGCAAGACUUCUGGAGAAAUAUCCGGAGCCACCUGCCUUGUCACCUUGGAACGGAUGUGCAUCACCGCUUGUUCGAAAAAAAUUCAAACCUCCAGCUAGGAAACCAUCUGCCACGUGAAGUAUAGACUUAUCAUUAAGUAUAACGGGUGUCAAUUUAACAGAACAGCCUAGAGUAUUUUGCGUUUGGGUUUUUUUUUAUAAGUCCUAGUCUGUUAAUUUUAUUUCAUUUAUCUCAGUUAUUUUUUGUGGCUGUUUGCGUUCAAUACGUUCCUUACCUAGACUUUGUUCUAAAGAUAUGUGUUUUCCAGUUUAGCUGUUCGCUAUUUUGCUGUUUACUUUGACGCGUUAUACAAUGUAACUUAGGCCCUAAGUGUCAAUUUCGAGGCAUGAGAUUCACGUGCGCGCUGCUGUACAAAGAUUAGGGGAAAAAAACCCAGGUUCAUAUAGUAAAAGUGAUAACAGUAUUAAAGUUAAUACUGCAAUAAAAAAAUUGUUGUGAUAAUUGAA